AUGAGCCGACAGUGCUACACCUCCGGCUCCAUCCUGGGAAGACGAGGCUUUUCCUCGGCCUCCGCCGUCUGCGGCCUGGGCAGGGCCAACAGCAGCUCGGCCUCCGUCUGCCAGCCCGUGGGACGGAGGUGUGGGAUCGGUGGCUUCAGCAGCCGCAGCGUCUGUGACCUGGGCCGAGGCCAGAGGAUUUCCUUCGGUGGCAGCUGCCGCAGCGGCGUCUACGGCGGGGCCGGCGUCGGGCGCUGCGGGGUCGCGUACGGCGGGGGCCGCUUCGGCACCGUCGUGGGCUUUGGGAACUGUGCGAGCUUCGGGGGCCUGGGCAGCUACAGAGGCCUGGGGGAUGGCGUGGCCAUGGGGAGCUACGGCGGCGGCAUCGGCAUCGGCCUCGGCGGAGGGAGGUCCGAGGGCAUUCGCGGCGUCAGCAUCCACCCGGAGCUCCUCAAGCCCCUGUGCGUGGGCGUGGACCCCGAGGAGUGCCAAGUGCGGACCCACGAGAAGGAGCAGAUCAAGAACCUCAACAACCAGUUUGCCUGUUUCAUUGACAAGGUGCGGCUGCUGGAGCAGCAGAACAAGGUGCUGACCACCAAGUGGGAGCUGCUGCAGCAGUAUGUGCUCCCAGCAUCCCGGAGAAACUUGGAGCCUGUGUUUGAAAACUUCAUCUGCAACCUGAGGAAGCAGCUGGAGUGUGUGAUGGGGGAGCGAGAGCGGUUGGAGAAUGAGGAGCGGUGCCUGCGGGACCUGGUGCAGGAGUUCAAGUGCAAGUAUGAAGAUGAGAUCAACAAGCGCACGGCAGCAGAGAACGAGUUCGUGGUGCUCAAGAAGGAUGUGGAUUGUCUCUACCUGACCAAGGAGGAGCUGGAGGUGAGGGUGGGCCUCCUGAGACAGCAGCUGGAGUUCCUGAAGUGCAUCUAUGCCGAGGAGAGGGCUCAGCUGGACUGUCAGCUGUGUGACACCUCUGUCAUCGUGCAAAUGGACAACAGCCGGGACCUGGACAUGGAGGGCAUCAUCAAAAGCGUGGAGUGCUGCUAUGAGGAGAUUGCCCAGAAGAGCAAGGCCGAGGUGGAGGCUUUCUACCAAACCAGGCUGGAGGAACUCCACAGCAGCCGGGGCAAGUUCUGUGAUGACCUGAAGAACAACCAGAGUGAGAUUGCCGAGCUCAACAGGAUGAUCCAGAAGCUGCAGUGUGAGUCGGACAAUGUGAAGAAACAGAUCUCAGCCCUGCAGACAGCAAUCUGUGAUGCCGAGCAACGAGGAGACUGCGCCCUCAAGGAUGCCCGGCAGAAGCUGGUUGACCUGCAGACAGCCCUGCAGCAGGCCAAGGACAAGAUGGCCUGUCUGCUCAGGGACUACCAGGAGCUGCUCAAUGUCAAGCUGGCCCUGGACAUUGAGAUUGCCACAUACAGGACGCUGCUGGAGGGAGAAGAGAGCAGGAUAUGCACCGGCAACCCUGUGAGCGUAGCCGUGGUCAGCGGCGGGGGCACGGUCGGGGAGUGCCGGUCCCUGUCUGGAAUCGGAGGCAAAUGCACCGUGAAGAGCGGAGGGGCCGGCGCGGGGCUGGGCAUGGUCUCGUCCUUCGGCAACGCCGCGUUCAGCACCCGCAGCGUGGAUUGUGUGCCCAAGGUCGGGGCGGGAUUCGGGGCCCGCAGCGCGGUCAGCUGCGUGGGCAGGGAGGUGCUCACCGGCGUGGACGGGGGGCAGUGCGCCGCCGGGAUGGGCAACCUGGGCAACCUGGGCAGCCUGGGCAGCCUGGGCAGCGUGGUGUGCGCGGGCGUGGAGCAGUGCGGGCCCGGCGCCGUGCUGAUCCCCGGGGCACCGGGGGUCUGCGGGAACAGGUUCAGCACAGCCGUGCGCGUCGUCAGGACGAGCCGGUAGAGAGCGGCCGGCCCGAGACGGCAGGUUUUGUAAUAAUCAGCAUUUCUGCAAUAAAACAGUAUUCCCCCUCCCUCUGACAGCCACAGGGAUCACACAACCAUGCGCUAGCACGUCGCUCUGCCUGAACCCUUAGCCUGAUAAAACCCACCCUCUCCCUGAUGUCUUUCUUGGGGGAAACUCCCCCCUGCCCCCCCUGUCCCCCCCAGCCAGGUGAGAUUUUAA